GGCCAUUGGUGGGUGGGGACCCAUCUGCCCGUCCCGGCAUGCUAGGCUGCGCUGCCUGGUGGUUACGUUGUGUCUUUUCCCCAGUGGGUUGGAAGUAGUUACCUUUGUAGCCAAAAAGGAGGAAGGAAGGAAGGAAUCCACAGACACACACACACACACACACACACACGCCACCCAAGGGAGGAAGUUCAUUGAGACACUCAGAUUGCUCCUGGUGGCCCGGGCUCGCCUCUGAAGUGUGGCUGCGGUGCUGGUGCUGCUGUUGUUGUUUUGUUGUUGUUGUUGCUGCUGCUGCUGCUUUGGAGCCUCCACUUCUCCAACAACAGCCCGUCCACGGGGGAGCUCCGGGCUCCUGGCAGCGACUUUUUUUGGGGGAAGGCAGCGCGGGAGCGGACGCUGGAGGCGCCUGGCACGAUGGGGCAUGACUGACACUCUUGGGCACCCCCACGAUAUAAUAAUUGUACACAGCAGUGGCCCACUCUGUGCAGCAACAAUUUCCCACAAGGCAGUGUGCCUGACGGCGGGAGGAGACUGAGAUGCCCACCCACAAUGCACUACGCUUGGUGCUGAUGUACCAGGAGCAGCGUGGACAUAAAGCGCCAGGGCAAGACACCUUUAAGGAGGGCCGAACGCUCUAGGCUGUGAAGGCGGUUGGCAUUUUUCGUACCUUUCUGCGGGGCUCGGUAGUGAAAUCCAGCUCUCUCCUGAUCCAGAGUUUGAUUGACAGGCAAUGGCUACAAAUUGCUGUCUGGAGUGAGCUGAAGAUGCAACCAUCUGACUAACAGGUUUCUGAGCAGCCCCUGGAGGCCCAAAGCACCUGGAAUUAACCAGACGGCAGCAUAACAUGAACUGAGAAAGAAGCAACCCGGAUUUUUGUUGGUUUUUUGGUUUUGGUUUUAAAAACUUUUACAUAACAAAAAAUUCUUUCAUGAAAACGUUUUAAAACAGGGUUAUUUUUCCCCUCCCCCGAACAAGAAAGUCAUCCCCAUACGGUGAGGAUUUCCGGAGAAGAUGGGGAGGAAAAAGAUCCAGAUCCAGCGGAUCACGGAUGAGCGAAAUCGACAGGUGACCUUCACCAAGCGGAAGUUCGGUUUGAUGAAGAAAGCCUACGAGCUGAGCGUCCUGUGCGACUGCGAGAUCGCCCUGAUCAUCUUCAACCACUCAAACAAGCUGUUCCAGUACGCCAGCACGGACAUGGACAAGGUGCUGCUCAAGUACACCGAGUACAACGAGCCGCACGAGAGCCGCACCAACGCAGACAUCAUCGAGACAUUAAGAAAGAAAGGUUUUAACGGUUGCGACAGCCCGGAACCCGACGGGGACGACUCCAUUGACCAGAGCCCCCUGAUGGAGGAUAAAUACCGCAAAGCCAGCGAGGAUCUGGAUAUCCUCUUCAAACGAUACGGUUCUGCAGUGCCCGCUCCAAACUUCGCCAUGCCAGUGACGGUUCCGGUGACCAAUCAAAACACGUUACAGUUCAGCAAUCCCGGGGGCUCCUUGGUGACCCAGUCGCUGGUGACCUCUUCGUUGACGGAUCCAAGACUUCUCUCACCACAGCAGCCGGCCCUGCAGAGAAACACCGUGUCGCCGGGUUUGCCGCAGAGGCCAGCCAGCGCGGGGGCGAUGCUCGGGGGAGACUUGACCAACACCAACGGAGCUUGCCCAAGCCCAGUCGGAAACGGGUACGUCAGUGCCAGAGCCUCACCAGGUCUCCUCCCGGUCUCAAACGGCAACACCAUGGGCAAGAUCAUCCCAGCAAAGUCGCCGCCGCCGCCCUCCCACAGCACGCAGCUCGCCGCCAACAGCCGCAAGCCAGACUUACGUGUGAUCACCUCGCAGGGCGCAAAGGGUUUGAUGCACCAUUUGACGGAGGACCACUUGGAGCUGCAGAAUGCACAGAGGUUAGGAGUCUCCCAAGCAACUCAUUCUUUAACCACGCCUGUCGUGUCGGUGGCCACUCCAAGUUUGUUGACCCAGGGCCUGCCUUUCUCUGCCAUGCCCACAGCAUACAACACAGAUUAUCAGCUGACCAGUGCCGAGUUAUCCUCACUCCCGGCGUUCAGCUCACCCAGCGGGUUGUCGCUUGGCAACAUCUCUGCCUGGCAACAGCAACAUCAGCAGCAGCAACAGCAGCAGCAACAACAACAGCAACAGCAGCAGCAGCAACAGCAGCAGCAGCAGCAACAACAUCUUGUUCCUGUAUCACUAAGCAACUUAAUACAAGGGGGUCACUUAUCUCACACCACCACGUUGACUGUCAACACCAACCCCAACAUCAGCAUCAAGUCGGAGCCCGUCUCGCCGAACCGGGAACGAAACACUGCCACGCCGCUCAGCUCUUUCCCGCACCAGAGCCGGCAUGAGCCGACGGGGCGUUCUCCCGUCGACAGCCUCAGCAGCAACGCCAGCUCCUAUGAAGGCAAUGAGCGGGAUGACCCCGCCAGAGCCGAUUUCGGCUCGUCCCUCGGCCUCCUGAGACCCACGACCGAGGCCGAGGGAGAGAGCCCAUCCGUAAAACGCGUGCGGCUGGACGCCUGGCAUCCACAAGCUCAGUGGCUUUGAGAUCUGCCAAACGGGCCCAGAAAUACUUCAAAGUGGAGGAGGAAAAAGUCAUGGUAGGACUUGCAGGUGUGGUCGGCUUCUUGUAGCCCAUCAUUUAUUCCAGAAGUUUCUAGACUUUUAGAAUACUUCCAACUCAGCGCAAGAUGGAAGACUGAGAAGCAGAAACCUGUUGAGAUGACAGCAGCUAAAGAAUAAGAAUAACAAAGCACUAAAAUGUGAGAUGGUUUCAAAACAGAACAUUUGUGUUUGUUUUUCGACAUUUUUUGCAACAUUUUGGAACUUUUUCAUCUUUUUGUUGUUCCAUUUCUGAAAAUUCUCAAUUAGAAAAAUGGACAUUUUCAGUUUUGAAAUGAAUGUUUUUGGUUUAGGAAAUUUUCAAUUUUGGAAAAGUCCUUCCGUGGACUAUGCUGACCAACCAAAAUUAGCAAUAAGGGAAGAAGGGCAAAAAGCCCCUCAGAGUCCCCAAAUGAACAGUUACAUGAAAAUGCAAUGCACUAAAUGUGGGUUUUCUUAGGGGGAAAAAGGGAAAAUGUCACCUCUCAAAAUUAGAUUUUGUUUACUUUUUUAAAAAAAAUUUUUUUGUUUAAAUCAUUUUUCAUUUAAUUUUUUUUUUUGGCCUAGUUCUCCCAGAUCUAAAGCCUCUCUAAAUAUAUGUGUGCCGUUAAAACACAGCUCUUCUUGGCAGAUUUCAGUUCGUUCCCCGAGCGGUCAUGAGUUCUCAUCACAAAAACCACCAUUGCCACUGGUGCAAACUAGACCCCUUUGCUUGCAGCCUCAGUAGAAAGGCCCCGAAUUGAACGUGCCCCUGGGGAGUCGUUCCAGAGCAAUGAAUAGCAGUAGCAGCACUGCUGACUGCGUGGUUCAAUGGAUCAAAGAAGGACUUCAUUGUCCAGAUCCAUCAGCCUUUCUCUAGUGAAGAGCAGGGUUCAGCUGGCGCUGCUUUCCCUAUAUAAUCAGAUGCUAACUUAGCACUUUGUUUGACAGUUCAGAUGAAUUCGCUAGCAGGUUCUUCCAUAGAUACCUUCUACCAUGACUUUUUUCCCUUAAAUGAAAUUCCUCUGUGUGCAAAGGCACAGUCAAUGCCUGAGGAACAUUAGACCCACUAGUCUCCAAGCCAAGGGGUUUAGAUAGGAAUUAUGUGGUGUACACAUCUCAUGUCGGCCCCUUUGCGUAUGGAUGAGUUUCAUCCUGGGGGCUAGAUCUGCAGCAGGUGUAAAUCAGUGUUAUUUCCAUUGAUCUGCACCGAGAAUCUGGCCCUUGGCAAAUUCUGGACUUAUGGACUACUGCCACCUUGCAAAAUUAUCGUGCGAAUGGAGCAGCUUGGGAGCAAAAUCCUACUCGCCAUAAUGAUGGACACAUCACCAAAUUAUUCUGUUUGCUUGUCAAAGAGACCUCGAAAGUUGAGCAAUUUGCAACUUUGACAACACUUCGUUUGAGAAAAAGUUUUGAUUAUUAUUCCUUUUUGUUUCAUUAAAAAAAAAAGUUUCCAAAUGUCAA